GAUGGUAUUCCCAAACCGGAAAUGUUUUCGUAACGUCACCAGUGAGAUAUAAAAAUUAAAGAUUUUAAAGAUUUAAUGUUUAGCUGUUUUUGUGGAGAAUACUGAGGAUACCGUUCUGCCCUGCUCGAUAUAUAAAUACCGUUCACAAAGCAAGCAUGAGUGAUUUUGCAGUCCUCAACACUGGCCGAAAGAUGCCCCUUGUUGGACUAGGAACGUGGAAAAGUGAACCUGGAAAAGUAAAGCAAGCAGUGAUCUGGGCACUUCAGUCUGGCUAUAGACACAUUGACUGUGCUGCCAUCUACGGAAAUGAGCCAGAAAUUGGUGAAGCUUUGCAGGAGAUGUUGGGGCCUGAUAAAGCUUUAAGGCGAGAGGACGUAUUUGUUACCUCUAAGUUGUGGAAUACGCGGCACCAUGCAGAGGAUGUGGAGCCUGCCCUGCUCAAGAGCUUGAAGGAGCUGAAGCUGGAAUACCUGGACCUCUACCUCAUUCAUUGGCCUUAUGCUUUCCAACGUGGGGAUGUUGCUUUUCCAAAAAAGGAAGAUGGGACCUUACUGUAUGAUGAUAUUGACUACAAAGUGACAUGGGCUGCCAUGGAGAAACUUGUUGAAAAGGGACUUGUGAGGGCCAUCGGAAUCUCAAACUUUAACAGCCGACAGAUUGAUGACAUCCUAUCAGUGGCCAGUAUAAAGCCUACUGUUUUGCAGGUGGAAGGGCACCCAUACCUGGCACAGGUGGAGCUGCUUGCUCACUGCAGGGAACGGGGAAUAGUGAUGACUGCCUACAGUCCACUGGGUUCUCCAGACCGAGCCUGGAAAAGACCAGAUGAGCCAGUUUUGUUACAGGAACCAGUCAUUGCUUCUUUGGCCAAGAAGUACAAGAAAUCUGUGGCACAGAUUAUAAUCAGGUGGCAAACCCAGCGAGGAGUAGUGACGAUCCCAAAGAGCGUUACAGAGUCUCGCAUAAAAGAAAAUAUACAGAUCUUUGACUUCACACUGGAGCCUGAGGAAAUGAACAGCAUUACAGCAUUGAAUAAAGGCUGGCGUUACAUAGUGCCAACAAUUACUGUUGAUGACAAGCCCUUACCAAGAGAUGCAGGACACCCUCACUACCCCUUCAAUGAUGCAUAUUAACACAUCAUGCUCCAAUAAUCUGUGCCUUCCAACCCACUUCAAUUAAAACCCACUUCUGUAUGCUGAUCACAAUAAAUGUUUUUCUUACUGAUUGGAGAA